GUUUCUAUCUACGGGAACUCCUUAUAGAUCAUUAGCAUUUUCAUUUCGUAUGGCACAUAACACGAUCAGUGGAAUAAUUUAUGAAACAUGUAACACUAUUUGGAAUGUUUUUGGACAUAUUCAUAUGCCUUUUCCGACGAAAGAUAUAUUUUACCAGAUUGCUCACGAUUUCGAAACUCUGUGGAAUUUUCCUAAUUGUAUCGGGUGUAUUGACGGUAAACACAUCCGCAUAAAAUGUCCAAAAAAAAGUGGUUCAAUGUUUUAUAAUUAUAAAAAUUAUUUUUCGGUACAUUUGCAAGGCGUGUGUGAUGCAAAAUAUAAAUUUAUUACAGUGGACAUAGGAGCGUAUGGAAAACAGAGUGAUAGCGGUGUAUUUACUGAGUCUAAUGUAUAUAAUUACCUAGAAACAAAUUCCUUUAAUGUACCACCCAACAGACCACUUCCAAACACAAAAAUUCCAAUGCCUUUUGUUUUAUUGGGAGACCAAGGAUAUCCACUAAAAGAAUAUUUGAUGCGACCAUAUCCAUGCACCACAAAUUUGGAUCCAGAAAAGGAAAUUUUCAACUAUCGUCUCAGUCGAGCCAGACGUAUGAUAGAAUGUACAUUUGGUAUAUUAGUAUCAAAGUGGAGGUGUCUAAAAACGGAAUUACAAGUUAAUGAAGGUCACAACAAAAUCGAAUCUACACUUGUACCACUCAGACAACUUCUACGCUCUUCGAUUAGACUUCCAGCAAUGCUGAAAGAGCGUUCACUGCUAGCACUACUAGCUGGAAUAGCCAAAAUUUGUCGUGCUAAUACACUUAAAUGUGGAAAAAUGUGA